GGCUGGGCUCGACGGCCGAAGGGGAGUGCCGGCGGCUGGCCCCGAGGGAGACGCUAAAGAAGAUGAUGUGAACGGGCUGCAAGAACCAGACAAGAUGGAUGGAGAGCUGCCCUGCGCUGACGUGGGUGGAGAAGUGUCCUCUGCCACGGAGGAUCUGGGAGGAGAGAUGCCCUGUGCAGAGAGUGAUACUGAAGGAGACGUGUCCUGUGCUGAGAGCGAUGCGGAAGGAGAGAUGCCCUGUGCUGAGACCAACACAAAAGAAGAGGCAGCUUGUGCUGAGAGCAGUGUGGAAGGAGAGAUGCCCGGCACUGACAGCAAUGGGCAAGGGGAAAUGCCCUGUGCCGAGAGUGAUGCAAAAGGAGAGGCAUCUUGCGAUGACAACGAUAGGGAAGAAGUACCGGAUACUGAAAUUCCUGCUGCUUCAAAGAAAAUGUCUUCUAUUUCUUCUCCCUUGCGGGCAAUCAUCCGCCUGCGACGACGAUACCGGGUGCAAAAGAAAAGCCGUCUGCAUUUAGAGCUCCCUCGAGAAAAGUCUUCAGAGCUUGUCCAUACAAGGCUACUUCAAAGGCAGCUUUCUCUGAACCGAACUAGCCUGUAUGGCCCUUCCAUGUCCUUCUUUAAUCAGAGCAGCUUCGAAACUUCCCAGUACUUCACCUUUGACACAUCCGUGGAGCAGUACGCUAUGAAAAAACGCAGGCGGAAAAAGAGUCGAAGGAAAUCUAGGAUAGUCCUGUAUCCAGACAAAACAAAAAGAUACCUUCCAACAGAGGAGAAGAGCAAGGCAAAACGCUGCCUCCUCUUGCUCAUUGUCAUUAUCUUCUUCCAGAUUCUCAAUGCAAUAGAGAACCUGGAUGAUAACCUCCAAAAAUACGACCUAGAUGGUUUGGAGAAAACAAUGCACCGGGAAGUAUUUGGGCAGAAGGUUGCUGUGGAAAGUAUUAUGGAAUUACUGAAAGACUAUCUGGCUACCCACAUACACAACAAGCCUCUAGUAAUCUCUUUAAAUGGCCCGACAGGAGUUGGGAAGAGUCAUGUUGGCUGGCUGCUGGCCAAACAUUUUCGUUCUGUCAUGGACAAUGACUUUGUGCUUCAGUACUUUGUUAUGCAUCACUGCCCCAACGGGGUGGCUCCCCUUACCUGUGAAAUAGAUUUGUCUAAGAAGAUUUCUGACAUGGUUACAAGAGCCGAAAUAGAAGAGAAGAUACCAUUGUUUAUUCUGGAUGAGGUUGAACUCAUGUCUCCGGUCCUGCUGGAUACUCUCAGCCGAUUCUUUGAACCCAAUCAAACCAACGAGUUCCUCAACGCCAUCUACAUUUUAAUAAGCAACAUAGCAGGUGGUGAAAUAACAAAGUUUGUUAUCCAGAAUGCAUCCGCUGAGCUUCUGCAUCAGCAAAGGGGAGUUGAAGAACUGCUCAGCAUCGUUCAGCCUGUACUGAUUGAUGCCCACCCUCUCUGGAAAUCUGCGGACAUCAUCCCAUUUGUUCUUCUGGAGAAGAGUCAUGUCAUAAACUGCUUCCUAGAGGAGAUGAGGAGGGAAGGGCUGUACCCUGACCAGAAGCAUAUUGAAAAUUUAGCGAGUCAGCUCAGUUACUACACUACAGGGGACAAGCAGUACUCCAGGAUGGGCUGCAAGCAGGUUGUGGCCAAAGUCAACCUGCUGUAGUGAUUUACUGCAGAGGCCAAGUCCUGCUCUCAGGAUUUGCAAAAUUCUGGGCUUAUGGAGGAGUACGUUACAGCAGGCUGUGGUCAAGGUGUCCUUUCUCAGGCCUGCACUGACUCUGUCCUGAUCAAGGUAGAGGGACGGCAGCCUGGGCUCCUCUGCAACAUGGUCUGUGUUCUCCUCCAGAUGCUUCACUUGUUCCUAAUGUUCUGUGAAUAAGGCACAGGCAACGAAGCCCGAGCAACCUCCCAUUAAUUGCGAGAUGCUUUGUUCCUCACGUGUUCAUUUGGGAUACUUUGUCAUUAAGGAGUUGUGAGAUGAGAACAGACGCUGUGGGAUAUAAACAGGAGGAGGAAAGAGUAACUGGGUUACCGUCCCUGCAGCACACGUAGCCGUGUCUCACUCCUUCUCCAGGCUCACAGUCUUCAGCAAUUUGCUUUUCUUGGUCCUGGCUGGUGAUGUGCAGAGCAGAAGCCAUGCUGGACGCCUGGGAGAAUUGAGAGAAUUUGUGGCUUCUCGUCCCCCAAAUGUGUGGGCAGUCAGAACUCUGCUUUCUGCAGCUCCUACGUGACCGCGCACUCUGGAGACUGCUUUUUGGACCCGUUCCUGAGUUCUUGCUCUUCUGAGCUCAUACCUGAGCUCACCUUUGGCACCUCCAGUGAGAUUUCUGCCCUGCAAGUCUGUUUGGGCUCGUCUCAAAGACUGCUCGGCUGUGCCAGCCAGUGCAGAAAUAACUGCUGGAUUGUUUCGGGUCUGGUGGUGGCAACUCAUCCUGAGAGCUCUUCUGCUUUUUGCUUCUGGGUACACUUCACCAUGCUUAUUAUCUAGAAAGCCCAAAAUAGCAACUGACAUAUAUUAAGCAACACACACUGGAAAAGACAGUUUGGGCUGUCUGGGCUGAGUGCAGUGGGAAUCCUGGGCUUGUUCCCAGUCCUGUGAGGCCAAGAAGAGGUUCUUUGCCAUUGAGACCCUGGGGAGAGCAUGCUGCCUGGAGGCACCUCAGGAAAAGCACGUGUCCUUAUUUUGAGCAGGCAAACUGAGCAGGUAUUUAUGACAUUGCUUUUUCAGGUUUUGGUUUUGUGCCUAAAUCCCCUUCUACAAUUUGCUGUGAAUUAUCAUACACAUAAUCCUGUGGAUGUUUGCACUGGUUGUUUGAUUUGCCUCUUUCUAACUGUUGGUCUCCAAAGACUUCCGUCACAAACUCCUGCUUCCCGAGCUAUUGUCAGGAAUAAAUCCAAGCUAUCCUGAAUAAAAUAAU